UUUAUAAGUUGGCCUCUUGUCCACUUUCUUGGCCGAUCUCAGCCCUCUUUCGCUUUGUUUGUUCUCUUCGCCCUUCUGUUUCUCCCUUUCAGGUAACGAAGAACAAACUUUUAUUUCUUGGAAUAUAGUUUAUACACUUCUUGUAUAUCACAUCGACCCACAUAUACAUCCAUAUAGCCAAAAUGUCGAAAACUGAAUCAUAUGAGUUCCAAGCUGAGAUUUCUCAGCUUAUGUCUCUUUUCAUUAACACUGUUUACUCGAACAAGGAAAUCUUUUUGAGAGAGUUGAUCUCCAAUGCAUCCGAUUCUCUUGAUAAGAUUCGUUAUCAAUCAUUGUCUGAUCCAAAGGUGUUGGAGUCUGAGCCAGAACUUUUCAUCAGAAUCACUCCUAAGCCAGAAGAAAAGGUUUUGGAAAUCAGAGAUUCCGGUAUUGGUAUGACCAAGGCGGAAUUGGUCAAGAACUUGGGUACUAUUGCAAAGUCUGGUACUAAGGCUUUCAUGGAAGCUUUAACUGCAGGUGCUGAUGUUUCGAUGAUUGGUCAGUUCGGUGUCGGUUUCUACUCUGUUUUCUUGGUUGCUGACAAGGUCCAAGUUAUCUCCAAGUCCAACGACGACGAACAAUACAUCUGGGAAUCCAACGCCGGUGGAAAGUUCACUGUCACCUUGGAUGAAACCAAUGAAAGAAUUGGUAGAGGUUCCAUCAUCAGAAUCUUUUUGAAGGAAGACCAGUUAGAAUACUUGGAAGAAAAGAGAAUCAAGGAGGUCGUCAAGAAGCACUCCGAGUUUGUCGCUUACCCAAUCCAAUUGGUUGUCACCAAGGAAGUUGAGAAGAAGGUUGAGGAAGAAGAAGAAAAGAAGGAAGAAGAAACUGAAGGCGACGACGAAAAGAAGCCAAAGGUUGAAGAAGUGAAGGAUGAAGAAGACGAAAAGAAGGAGGAAAAGACUGUCAAGGAAUUGGUUACUGAGACUGAAGAAUUGAACAAGACCAAACCUCUUUGGACCAGAAACCCUUCUGAAAUCACUCAAGAUGAAUACAACGCUUUUUACAAGUCCAUCUCCAACGAUUGGGAAGACCCAUUGGCGGUUAAGCACUUCUCUGUUGAAGGUCAACUAGAAUUCAAAGCUAUCUUGUUUAUUCCAAAGCGUGCUCCGUUCGACUUGUUCGAGUCUAAAAAGAAGAAGAGUAACAUCAAGUUGUACGUUAGAAGAGUUUUCAUCACCGAUGAUGCUGAUGAGUUAAUCCCAGAAUGGUUAUCUUUCGUCAGAGGUGUUGUUGAUUCCGAAGAUUUGCCAUUGAACUUGUCUCGUGAAAUGUUGCAACAAAACAAGAUCUUAAAGGUCAUCAGAAAGAACAUUGUCAAGAAAUGUAUUGAAACUUUCAACGAAAUCUCCGAAGAUAAGGAACAAUUCGACAAGUUCUACCAAGCCUUCUCUAAGAACAUCAAAUUAGGUAUUCACGAAGACCCACAAAACAGAUCAUCUUUGGCUAAGUUGUUGAGAUUUAACUCAACUAAGUCUUCCGAAGAAAUGACUUCAUUGUCUGACUACGUCACUAGAAUGCCAGAACAACAAAAGAACAUUUAUUUCAUUACUGGUGAAUCAUUAAAGGCUGUUGAAAAGUCUCCAUUUUUGGAUGCUCUAAAGGCUAAGGGUUUCGAGGUCUUGUUCCUUGUUGACCCAAUUGAUGAGUACGCUAUGAACCAAUUGAAGGAAUUCGAAGACAAGAAGCUUGUUGAUAUCACUAAGGAUUUCGAAUUAGAAGAAACUGAAGAUGAAAAGAAGAAGCGUGAAGAAGAAAUCAAGGAGUUCGAACCAUUAACUAAGGCAUUAAAGGAUAUUCUUGGUGACCAAGUUGAAAAGGUUGUUGUUUCCCACAAAUUGGUUGACUCUCCAGCUGCUAUCCGUACUGCCCAAUUUGGUUGGUCCGCUAACAUGGAAAGAAUCAUGAAGGCACAAGCUUUAAGAGACACCUCAAUGUCUUCUUACAUGUCCUCUAAGAAGAUUUUCGAAAUCUCUCCAUCUUCCCAAAUCAUCAAGGCAUUAAAGACCAAGGUUGAAGAAAAUGGUCCAGAUGACAGAGUCGUGAAGAACUUGACCACUUUGUUGUACGACACUGCAUUGUUGACCUCUGGUUUCUCACUUGAAGAACCAACAUCAUUCUCAAAGAGAGUUAACUCUUUAAUUGCAUUAGGUUUGAACAUCGAAGACGAUGACGAAGAGGCUGAUGUCGAUGCUGCUCCAUCUGACAAGCCAGCUGCUGCUGAAGAAGCUGAAUCUGCUAUGGAAGAAGUCGAUUAAAAAAGUACAGCACGGCUUUCAUGUAGAUUUAUAUCAGGGUAAUCUAGUUAAUGUUUGAUAAUAAUUUAAAUUCGUUUCAAUUUUAUAAUAAUGUUUAUACAGUCAUAAGAAAAUCUGGCCUCGUUCAGAUUAUCGUGUUUCUCCGGAUUGUCCAUUCCGUCUGCUGAUGAUUUUUAGGACCAUAAUUUUCAAUCAUCAUCGU